GUAUGAGGUGUCUACUAAAGUAGUACCCAAAAAAAAGCAGCAAAAACCCAAAAAACCUGUCACUUUCUUGUUCACCGAGUGGCAGAGAGUGCCAAAUCCGACCUUCUUCUUCUCCCUCACUUCCCUUUUUUUUCAUUUUUUUUUUCUGGGUUUUCUUCUUUUUUAUCUCUCAAUCCCAUUUUUUAACCCAGAAAAAUAGUAGAGAAAAAGCAAAAAGUAUGUAUUACCCAGCUUUCCUUUUCAUCUAAAAAGGACCAUUAUGAACUUUAAAACAAAUUUUAAUGAAAGAGGAGAGAGAAAAUCACACCUGUUUCUUGUUCCUCAAAUUUCUAAAAAAACUACAGUCUUUCAAAACCAAAUCUCUUUGCUAUUUACCAACUACUCUGUUUUUUUUUGGUUUUCAGCUCCCCAAAUCUCAGGUAGGUCACCUGAAUUUAAUCUUCACUUCUACUAUAAAUUAUUUCUAAUUUUCUCCUUACAUUUUUCUCCUUCUUCUAAUAAUUAGGACAAAAAAGAUUCAAUCUUUAUAACUAAGUAUUCUUCUAAUAAUUAGUAAUAAUUAGUCUUGGUUUUGAUUAGUUUGUUGGGUUUUUUCUUCUUCUUCUUGUUCAUAUGUUUAUCCUUUGGUUCAUAGUUUCUAUACAUUUUUGGCAAUAAAGGGCUUAAAUUGAGAAAAACCCAGUUGCUAAAAAUGUAUAAAUUAGCCAUUCAAUUUAAGCAAAGUGGUAAUUUUAUGAUUUCACCACCUCCUACCAUCUCUCCUCCACCAUUCCCAGCUCCUUCUACUAGAAAUACUUCACCAUCUUCAUCAUCUUCUGGUAGUAAGAUUAGUCCAGUUGUUCUUUUAAUUAUAGUAAUUUUAGCCAUGAUUUUCUUUAUUGCUGGAAUUCUUCAUCUUUUAAUUAGAUAUCUUAUGAAAAGACCCUCUUUCUCAAUUUUUCCAUCUAAUUCAAGAAACUCAGAUAACAGUAACAAUAAUACAACUUCUGAGGCACUUCAAAGGCAACUUCAGCAGCUGUUUAGACUCCAUGAUUCAGGUUUAGAUCAAGCUCUCAUUGAUGCUUUACCUGUAUUUUAUUACAAAGAUGUAAUGGGUAUGAAAGAACCCUUUGAUUGUGCUGUUUGUUUGUGUGAAUUUUGUGAGCAAGAUAAGUUAAGGUUACUACCAUUGUGUAGUCAUGCUUUUCACAUCAGCUGUAUAGAUACAUGGCUUUUAUCCAAUUCAACUUGCCCUCUUUGUAGGGGCAGUCUUUUGGGUUAUUCUGGAUUGGAAAACCAAGAAUUUAGCUUGGAUUUCUGGAGGGCAUUGUCAUUUGGGCGGUCUGUUGUUGAUUGCGAAAGUAGCUUUCGAAUUGGUCAUUCUUUCAAUAGUAAUCAUCUCAAUUAUAAUAAGCCUACUAUCAUGGAAGAGAAUGCUGGUGAAAGGAGGGUUUUCUCUGUAAGAUUAGGGAAGUUUCGGAGUGUGGAUGAUCGCGGUGAGAAGGGUGAGUCGAUCAAAGAACACGAAAGUGGAGAUUCGAGUGUUGGCGAUGAUGGAGGUGGUGGUGGUGGUGGUGGUAGUAGUAGUCAGUUAGAUGCAAGGAGAUGCUAUUCAUUGGGGUCAUAUCAAUAUGUGCUUGCUGAUUCAAAUUUGCAAGUGGCAUUGUCACCAAAUAGUGGUGAUAGUGGUGUUAGUGGUGGUGAAACAAAGAUUGAUAAAAUGAUGGGACAAUUGAAUGGGGAUUGUUUGGUUGAUGGAGAUAUUGAAGGAAAGAAGAUUAGUAGGAGGAAUAGAAGGGAGAGUUUUUCUGUCUCUAAGAUAUGGCUUUGGUCUAAGAAGGGUAAGUUACAAGGUUCAUCAGAAACCAAUUUUCAUGUUAAUGGUGGUCCACCUCCUCUUAAUGUUGUCUUACCAUUGUCUACUAGGGAUCAUGUCCUUGACUGAAUUUUCUUUGUUGUUUUUUGUAAUAUUCUUUUUGGCCAUCUUCAUCAAUGAAGCUAAUGUUAUUUUACCACAA